CGUCACUUCCGCUUUGAGGGCGGCCCGCAAACUUACUUUCGUCUCGGUGAAGCGAGGAAGAGCAAAGCUGCCAAAAAUACUGUACAAAAGUAGUGCAAAAGGGACUGAGUGCUGCGUUUCUGCGGAUUUUACACGUUUUCUGAGCGAGAGUUGGAGCCGAAAUGGCUGAAAUGUUCGGCUGGGGACAGCCCACCGUGCAGCAAGGCACACCGUACAUCGAGAUCAUCGAGCAGCCCAAAGCAAGAGGGAUGCGCUUUCGUUAUAAAUGCGAGGGGAGAUCAGCCGGCAGCAUUCCAGGAGAAAAGAGCAACGAUUCCACCAAAACACACCCAGCCAUCAAGGUGCAUAACUACAGUGGCCCAAUCAGAGUGAGGAUCUCCUUGGUUACCAAGAACCAGCCAUACAAGCCCCACCCACAUGAGCUGGUGGGAAAAGACUGUAAACACGGCUACUAUGAAGCUGACCUGCCCGAGAGACGGGUUCACAGUUUCCAGAAUCUCGGUAUUCAAUGUGUGAAGAAGAAGGAUGUGGCCGAAGCUGUUUCCUGUCGCCUGCAAACACAGAACAACCCUUUUAACAUUCCCGAAGCCAAAGUGUGGGAGGAAGAGUACGACCUGAACGCUGUCCGCCUCUGUUUCCAGGCAACCAUCACCCUGGCAACCGGCGAGCUGUACCCUCUGGAGCCUGUCGUCUCUCAGCCCAUCUACGACAACAGAGCUCCAAACACAGCCGAGCUAAAGAUCUGUCGUGUGAACAGGAACUCUGGCAGCUGCCGGGGCGGAGAUGAAAUCUUCCUCCUGUGUGAUAAAGUGCAAAAAGAGGACAUCGAGGUGCGCUUCUUCCGAGACUCGUGGGAAAGUAAAGGCUCGUUCUCUCAGGCCGACGUCCACAGGCAGGUCGCCAUCGUGUUCCGCACGCCGCCCUACUGCGAUACAAACCUGACGGAGCCUGUGAGAGUGAAGAUGCAGCUCCGAAGGCCAUCAGACCGCGAGGUCAGCGAGCCCAUGGACUUCCAGUACCUCCCCGCCGACCCAGAUGAGUACAGGCUGAUGGAGAAGAGGAAGCGGACAGAGGGAAUGCUCCAAAACCUCAAACUGGGAAACACUGUGUCAGAUACCAUCCCUCAGAGGCCUUACAGUACUGCCAGAAGAACAUUUACAGCUCCGAAACUCUCGGCUGCUGCCAGUGCUCCACCAGUGGUGAAUCCUGUGCCAUGCAUGGGUCCAGUGAAACCUCCGCCUUUGUUCAGCACUCCUGCUCCGGGCCAUCUGUUCACUCAGACCAAAACUGAGCCGACACCUUGUAAUGAAGACGGAUGGAAGUUUUUCAGCAACGUCACCGUGCAGCCUUCUGCUGCUUCAGCUCCAUCCGUAACUCAAGACUUCCGCACUGUCAAUCUCGCCGACCUGCACGACUUCUCCUUUUCUACUUACCCUCCCGCUGCUCCGGAUCAAUCUGACUCGGGCAGCAGGAGGGACGGAACCAGCGCUAACGCGGCCGGGACUACGGUGGCCCAAGAGGUCCAAAACACAUUCGCGCCUUCCAUCAACCUGAUGGAUGAAAACGAGAUUCCAGAUUUCCCCAGCUUUUCUGAAGCUCAGACGUCCGAUGUGGAGAACAUCAACACUGAUGAGUUUCAGGCGCUGUUGGGCCAAAGCGGACUUCCUGGAGAUGGCACUCCGGCUACUUCAGUAUGUCACGCCAACGCGGUGGGAAACAUGACCAUCGAUAACGCAUUGGGUUCCAAUGGUGUGGAGCAGGUGGCGAGAAACAUGGGCAACGGAACCUGGAUGAGUUUCCCACCAAGCAUCGUCAGCCUUUUGCAGAACGAGCAGAUGACAGACACCGGGUUGCCCAGCACAUCGGCCACACCCGUCACCCUCGACGACAUGGACAUAAUGAACUCCAUGGACGAAGAACGGCUCAUGUCCAUCGUUAACUGCGGCAACCAAGUCAGCUUCCUGUCCGGGCAUCCCACUUAGAUAUUACAGACAGUUGGAUUUGCACCAUCCUUAUAUUGAGACUGGAAGGGCAACAAGUCAAGAAGAACAAGGAAGAAAGGGACGGAGGACAAAAUGGAGGGCAGAUUUUCACAGUGCCUUCUGAGGCCAUCUCAUCAUACAAAUUCAUUAUCUCAUGUCUGUCUUAUAUUUUUUUCUUCCAAUCAAGACGGUUUUCACGCAUAUCUAAAAGCAUUUAAUUUCAUUUACCUCACUGUUUCCAAAGAACACGGUCAUUGAUGGUUCUCUUUGAUGAAAGAAAAGUUCAGGUUUUGUAAAGAGCCUCAGCUCUGAGAGACAGACAGAACCUAAAGGAUCGGCCACAUCCACUCGGCGCACCGUUUCUUUAUUCAAACACGAAAUGAUUUCAGACGUAAUCCCAAAUUACACCCAGCCUUCGAAACAGACCUUGGUUAACAUUAAAGGUCCACUAAGUUCAAGUUUUUACAUGAUAUGAAAUAUUGAGAAAAACAGGUUAUUGUUACCUAAAGCUGAUAGGUAUGGAAAUUUUGAGGCCAUAAUGACGGAGAAUAAUCCCCGAAGUGGCACAGACGUUGCUUCCUUUUCAUAUGUUAGGCAAAGCCUCGUGACUGAUCACGUGAUUAGUGAUUAGUCAGUAAUAGACGUAAGUCUAGCAUUAUGGUGAAUGUUUAUUAUGUGGCUGUGAUUUUGGGGUUCGAUUCUCAUUUAAUGCACAACCAUAAUUCAGCUUUGUUCGACUACUUAGUGGACCUUUAAGUAAAUUCAUAUUAUUAUUAUUAUUAUUGUAGUUUUUUAAUUCAUUUUUUAAACUAUUGGUUAUGACAAUAUUCAUGAUUUUGUGUAUGUGGAAGGGAAAUAUAUUGACUGUAAUAAAAUGUUGCCAUAUUUAUUAGAAAGAGAGUUUCAGCAAUACAAAUUAUGGCAAUAUAUGCAACAUUACAUAUCGACAGCUUGUACAGCGCUAGUCAAAUUUAUUGGCACCCCAGGCAAUUUCCAUCCUAGUCAUCCCAUGACUAAAGGUUAGAAAUUUAACCUUUAUACGCCUGACUGUGAUUUGUGAUCCGAAGAGAUAUUAAUUUUAUUGUUUUAGGCAAAGUCUAAUUCUCAUAAGCCACUCCCACUUCUGGGCUCGUUAGAUCGAACAGUGUCCAUUUUGAAAGACACAGAAAUGGAAUUAGAGUCACGGUACUGUUCAGUAUUUUAUUUUUUAGACACUAAUCCUUCUAAAGUCCUAUUUUGGCAUGGUUUAAAGCAGAAACACGCAAUGUUGAACAAGGCCAUGUCUACAAAAAACAGAGUAAAACAUUUUCUUUUAAUGAAAAUGCUGAUCAUUUUAUUACUUUGCUUAAUUAUGUAAAUCAAACAUUUAUAUGGUCAAUGGUGCCAGAUAGUUAUAUGCCAUAAACAGUAUUAUUUUAUCACAGAUUAUCUCAAAUUUUUAAAAAAAUUACUACACUGAAACAUUUUUCAUUUGGAACCGUCUUUUUCCCUGCCAUUAUUAUCAAAAUUUAAUGCACUUCUUGAUCAGCAGGGUUUCCUGCAAUGCUGCCUUUAUAUUGGGACAACACCCUUUGUGGAGACAGUUGUCCUUUUUCCUGCCUUUUAAACGAAGCAGCAUUUUAAGUAUAAAUGCAUGGCCUAAUGAUGCAUAAGCAGAUUCCUCUCAAAUGAGAUACAGGCGAAUGAUGUAUGUUGGGAAUUGCGAUACAGGACUAGGCCUGGUGCCAAUAUUUUUGGCCAAAACAGUAAGUACAUAGUGAAAUGAGGGUAAGCAAGGUGUGUACAUAGUGAAUAGGGGAGGGUGAUAUAGCAAAAGUAUAUCAUAAUAUGUAUCAUGGUAUUAUGUUUUUGUAACAUAACACCAAUUGGGCUGUGUGCAGAAGUUCUGACACCCUGUUGGGAAAACAUGCUGUGACCAUACCAUGUAAGGAAUAAAACACUUGGGGGUUUGCUAUUAUAGCAGAAUAAUCAGGUGGUGUGAUGAAGCAGAUAUAUAGUACAGCAAUUUGUGUAAGAAUUAAUCAUUUUUAAUUUGUUAAUAAAUGACAUGGCAUAUAUAUAUAUAUAUAUAUAUAUAUAUAUAUAUAUAUAUAUAUAUAUAUAUAUAUAUAUAUAUAUUGUAUUUGAAUUACAGCCAGCAUCAUUCAGAGCUGCUGUUAUAGAAAAUGAAUCGACACCUCCUGACUAAUCAGAUUUUGUGCAUUUAUUGCAGUACAUUGUAACAUAACGCAAUAGCCUACAGGGUUGUCUGUCAGACACUCACACAGUCAGUGUGCAAACCAGCUUUUCUGCUUAAUCUAUCUGAAGAUUUUGUACAUAGGCACAGAUUUCCCAAAGCAAAUGGCAGUAUGUAUGUAAAAGUGAAAGGCAACAGAAACGCUGAAACUGGUAUAAUUUGCUAAAUCUCAUUACAGUACAACAGUUUUCUACCACUGAAUAAAUAUUCUCUUUCUUUGCUUUUUAUAUUGUUCUCUAGUUGAUGAGAACAUGAAGGGGUUGUUUCCAGUCAGUUUCUCAUAUUAUCUCUGAUAUACUCUCAAACAUUUUUAUAAAUACCAGCUGAUCUGUAGUCAAGAUAUAACAUGUAAAAAAAAAAAGAUGUAUGUAGAUUUGUUAUGCUUGUCUGUCCUUUUAU